AUGCCGACAUACAAGAUCAAGGGAAUCGAUGUGGAGUUCCCUUUCGAAGCUUACGAUUGCCAGAUAGCUUACAUGGAAAAAGUCAUCCAAUCUCUACAAAACAGAUGUAACGCGCUAUUGGAGAGUCCUACUGGAACUGGAAAAACUUUGUGUCUCCUUUGUGCCACAUUGGCUUGGAGGCAUAGUUUGGACCAAAGGGGUGGUCGUAACGUGGGAGGCAAGCAUUCAGAUGAUUCGUCAUCACAGUCUGAAUCCUCAAAACUACCCACUAUUGUAUACACAACUCGUACGCACAGUCAGCUUCGACAAGUUAUUCAAGAAUUCAAAAGAACCAGUUACAGGCUUAAAAUGGUAGUAUUAGGAUCUCGAGAGCAACUAUGCAUUCAUGAAGAAGUGAGUCAACUUCAUGGAAAAACACAGACAAAUGCCUGCCACACCCUCCGUAAAAAGAGCAAAAAGCGCUAUUGUGCCCAUUACCCUCGUGUUACAGAAUUCAUGAAAAAAAAUCCUGGUCUUGGAGAUGAACCUUUUGACAUAGAGGACUUGGUCAACAUUGGAAGAAGUUGUGGACCGUGCCCUUAUUAUGUGUCACGAGAGCUCCACAAGGUUGUUGAUAUCCUCUUUGCACCUUAUAAUUAUCUUAUUGACCGUGGGUACAGAAAAUCUCUUAGCAUCGAGUGGAACAACUGUGUACUAAUAUUUGAUGAGGCUCACAACUUGGAAAGCUUAUGUGCUGAUGCAGCAUCUUUUGACCUGACUUCUGGACUUCUGACAGCUUGCAUUUCUGAAGCACAAACUUGUGCAGAUCUUUGUAUCGAGAGAAGGGAGAAAUCGAAUGACAAAUCAUGUAAUCCAGAUAAUUUUGCUAUUCUCAGAGCUCUUCUUUUGAAGCUUGAGAAGCGGAUUGCUGAAAUGCCUAUUGAAUCGAAAGAAUUGGGUUUUACCAAGCCUGGGCCCUACAUUUAUGAAUUACUUGCUGAUCUAAAUGUCACACGUAAAACUGCCUCCAUGCUCAUUGAUAUAAUAGAGGAAGCUACUUUACUUCUUGAAGAAGAUUCAGAUGUUACUGUUAGUGGAGUGUCACACAAGUCAAAGGGAACUGUCUGCAGGCUGGAAAGCAUGGGCGACAUUCUUAAAUUAAUUUUCAAAGAUGGCGAUGUCUCUCAUGCCAAAUACUAUCAGGUUCAUGUUCAGGAAGCUGAAGCAAGAGCUCCAGAUGUCUUUAAAGCGAAAACGUCUAGAACACUCAGCUGGUGGUGUUUUAAUCCUGGAAUUGCUAUGGAAGAAUUUCCGAAGUUGGGUGUUGGAUCUAUCAUCUUGACAUCUGGCACUUUGUCUCCUAUGGAUUCAUUUGCUGAGGAAUUGAAGUUAGAGUUUCCUGUUCGUUUGGAGAACCCUCACGUUAUAGCAGGAGAUCAGAUAUGGGCUGGAGUUGUACCAAUAGGUCCAUCUGGUUUCCCUCUCAAUUCUUCUUAUCGGAGCCGUGAUUCUUUAGAAUACAAGCUAGAACUUGGCAAUGCUAUCGUAAAUUUUGCUCGAAUAGUACCAGAUGGACUGCUAGUAUUUUUUCCAUCUUAUUACCUUUUGGACCAAUGUAUUGGGUGCUGGAAGGAUAUGAGUCAUGAUUACCCAACAAAUUUCAGCACUAUCUGGGAAAGAAUCUGCAAACAUAAGCAACCUGUUGUUGAACCUAGGCAAUCUUCUGUUUUUCGUUUGUCAAUUGAUGACUAUAUGGCAAAGUUGAAGGACACCUCAAUGUCUGGUGCUGUGUUUUUUGCAGUUUGUCGUGGUAAGGUAAGUGAAGGACUUGAUUUUGCUGACCAUGCUGGGAGAGCUGUGGUCAUCACUGGUAUGCCGUUUGCCACAAGGACAGACCCCAAGGUUCGCCUGAAACGUGAAUACUUGGAUCAACAGGCACGGUCACAGCAGAUAGGCAGUAAGGUUUUGGUUGGAGAAGAGUGGUAUAGUCAACAAGCAUUACGGGCAGUGAAUCAGGCUGUUGGUCGUGUCAUUCGUCAUCGCCACGAUUAUGGGGCAAUAAUUUUUUGUGACGACAGGUUUACACAUUCAAAUCGUCAGUCAAAAAUAUCACUUUGGAUACAGCCUCACAUGAAGUGUUACUCCAAAUUUGGGGAUGUAGUUUUCUCAUUGACCCGGUUUUUUCGAGAUGGAGCUGCUCGAGGACCUACGAAGAAGGAACUAGCACGAACUGAAGAUUGGGGCAACUUAUAUGGGUUGGAAACCAUCCAACCUGUGAACAAACUUCAUAUUGAAAAGUUCAUCGCGCCUCUGACCAGAGCAAUGGAUCCAGCGUGCUCCAAUAAAUUAUUAUCUUCUAAGGAUAGAGCUAAACGACACAUCUUUGGCCAUGUGGGAGAAAUACUUCCUGCUAACCGCUCAUUUCUGACCUCUGACAAGCAAAAUCAGAAUUUGACCUUGAAACACUCUAGUGAUCUGCUUACCCAUGAGAAAAAACUCUUGAUUCCUGGGACAAAAAAUCUGCCACAUAGCAAUCAUGAAAUAGUUGAUUUGACCACAGAUGCAUUGUCGGAUAAAAGAACAUGCGAAGAAGUGAUUGCACCUUGUUCCUGGAAGAAAGCAAGAUUCGGACAAGUAGGGAUGGGUGUAAUGCUGCAUUGUGAAAACUCUCCAGAGCAUUCACCAGUUGACCGAAAAGCACAAUCAAGUGUUCCUUUUUUCAUUAAUGAAUCAGUAAAAGUAAAACAUGAGGAUACACAGGUGUUCGAGCAUGGAAACAUACAAAAUGCUCAUGGCGUGCUGUCUAACUCUGUACCUCACUGUGAUGAGGAAAAAAAGGGAUCUUCUUUUCUGAUCCAGGUCCAAGAGAAACUUACUGAUUUAGAAUAUAAAGAAUUUGUGGGUGCUAUGAAGGCUCUGAAGUCUAAAGCAAUGAAGAUAGGUCACGUUCUCCAAACCAUUGCGACCUUAUUUUCUGCUCCAGAUAGGCUCUCUCUUUUUCAACGAUUCAAGGAUUAUAUCCCUGCGAAGUAUCAUUCUCUGUAUGACCAUUAUCUUAAAACAAGUGAUGAUGCAGUUGGCCCUUGAAGUAAGGAAUUCUUUCUUAGUUAAGUUUUUACAUACUGUAUCAGGUUAAAUUGUCA